CAAGUAAAUGGCCUGUAAAGGGCCUGUACUUAUAUAGUAGUCCAGAGGACCCCAAAGCGCUUAACACUACAUUCAGGCACUCACCAUUCACACCCUGACGGUGGUGAGCUAUGUUAGUAGCCACAGCUGCCCUGGGGCAGACUGAAGAAGCGAGGCUGCCAUACAUUGGUGCCACCGAGCCCUCUGACCCCCACCAGCAGGCAAAGCAGGUGAAGUGUCUUGCCCUAGGACAUGACUGAGCAGGGGGUUGAACCGGCAACCCACUGGUCCCUCGCUUCUGAGGCAAUGUCGUCAUAAUCUUUAUGAUUAUAAAACAUUUAAAUUAAAGGUACAUAGAUUACAUGAAAAUCGAAGAGGGUGAGUCUUUUUGCAAACCACUGUAGGUGUGGAACUUAGAGAGUUUUCAUUUUUCUGCAACUUUUACCUUUUAGGAAUUCUUCAUGUUAACUUUUUAUACUAAAACAGGCUUCAAAACGCUUCUGCUCUAUCUAAAUGGAUGGAUGGAUGGAUGGAAGGAUUGAUAAUCAUUCUUCUUUUGAUUCUUCUCUGACUCAGCUGCUUUCUGUUGUUGAUCUCAGCUGUAGAACCGCUGUCCAAUGUGAAGACAACCUCAACGUGGGGCGGUGAUGACACCAUGAGACGGAACCCAGACCAACCUGGGAAGGAAACACCUCUUAAAGCUACAUGUAGAAACUCAGGAGAAUCCAAGAACUCGAACCAAACUGAAAGCAAAUUUCAAUCACCCAUCACAAGCAUAACUGAUAUUCCAUCUGAUGGAAAAAUUUCCUCUGAUGGACAAGAAUUCCUUUGUAAAACAUUAAGUGUAAGGAAAGACACUGCAGCCCAGAUGGAGGAGGUCAAGAUCUGUGCUGGGCCUAGUAUCCAGAAUCAAUCUGCCUUAGAUGUCCAGAAUACAAUGACUUCCAAGAAUCUAUGUCCAAAAGAAAAUAAAAGUGCCUCAGUAAGUGAACCUGCCUCUGACAACAAUAAAGUGGACAGUAAGGUGGCAAAUUACAGUCUCCAUGAGAAUACUUCAGAUGCUGAGGAGGUGAAGCUUUGUUCCAGUGAUCCACAGCAACCAGAGGGUAAGAGAUCAUAUCAGACAAACCAGUCAUCCCAUGGAACAAUGAAUGACCCAGAUCAACCUGUGUCUAAGUCGCCAUCAGACAAAGAGAGUUCUACUGUGAUUUAUCUGCAUACUGAGCUUCAUCAGAUACCAGGAGGCACCUCUGAAGAGCCACCGCGCCAACUAUCCAGCAAGACAGGGCAUGGAUUAGUGGGAGAAAGCCCCAUUAACUAUGUCAGAGAAAACCCAUGGCCGACUGCCAGAAGCCUCUCCCAACAGGACACUGGCAUUACUCAGGUUGCUACUGUAGGUGUCGGUGGAGAUGGUUCACAGUCCCCAGGUUUAUGUUGGAAUCUGAGUACACACAAAUCCAAGACCUCAGAUUCAAAUGUUAGAUCACCUUCUGGAGGUUCUGACUUCAACAAAUGGGAAUUAGAAAAUAAAGCUGAUUUUAUCCCAGAGGCUGUCUUCAAUUUUAAGAAAAGAUAUGGCUUAAAACCACUUAGUGAUUCAGUUUGUCCUGCAGGAAGUGGUACAUUUGAACAUCAAACGAAAACUAGUCCUCCAAAAUUAAAGACUUUAGAUGUUCAAAGAAUCAGUAUAGCCCAGGAGGAACCUGAACAUAAAGUAUUCAGAAGUGAAAGCCCACCACUUUCUGACACAAAUAGUGCCCUGGACCAGUUUACUAAAUUUCAACCAAUAGCAAUCAUGUCCAGCUUCUUGAAUUUAAACAAGCAGCUGGAUGGGAGCAGUUGCCAUGAAUUAUCCAGAAUCGGUGACAGAACGCAGAAUGCAGCUCAGCAUGGACUCUCAAGAUACACCAUUCAAACUUUAGAACACAGCAUGGAAGGUUCCAAAUCAUCAGUCAUAUCACAGGAAGAGCCACAACCAUCUAUUACCCAGAGAACAUAUAUAGAUCUUCAGCUGUCUCUGGCAUCUGGUUUGACAUCACCAGUAGUUAAAUAUGGUAAAGAAAAAACUUUGAAACCCACCAAAGAGUCCAAAAUGAAAACACAUGCCAAAAUAGCAUCUAAACUGUCUCCCAUUUCCAGAAGUGGCAUGUUUAAAAGUGAAGGGCUUGAUUUACUGCAUUGCACUAAAAAAGCUCAAUUUACUGCAGCGAAUGGCCCAAAACCAAGUCACGCACUGUUGUCUGACGAAACCCUGAAAUUCAGCACAUUUGGACCCAAUGUUCAGACCGUGGAAAGGUGGAGCCUGUCCAAGGAUGUCAACUUGUCUGCAGACUACAAGCCUUUCUCUGUUCGACAUAAAAUAAAGUCCUUUGAAAGCCUUGCCAACUUAGAUAAACCUGUGGCUAAAAGUAGUGCUGUUCAUACUUUUUCUGUGGCAUAUACAGCUUCACUUAACCAAAGGAUUGCUGGUUACAUAGACUUGGUUAAUUCUGUUGACUGGCAAGGCCACCAAAGGGAUAACAGCUGGUAUGACUGUUUGACAUCAGUAGCAUCCCUCCCACCUCCUCUUAGUAGAGCUGCUGAGGAUGAAGAUCAGAAAGGCCCAGAUAGGACCACAUCACAUACUUCUCUGGUGCUGCGAAGGAAACAUGGUAGACUUCCUACGAGAAAAGUGCAUCAGCUUAGGGCCCUCAGUAUGCCUGAUUUAGAAAAGAUAUGUGGAGGUGACUUUAGUGGAGGAAAUAAUCCAGCUGUUAAUAAAAAUGAUCCCAGCAGCCACGUAACUUUUACUCCAAAAGCCGAAGUGACUGCUUGUCUCUCACCAACUGCAAUGCUACGUUGUGGUGGUGAUGCAUCUUCUGAGGACACUCCUAAGGGCGCCCCAGAGACCAGAGAGCCUGGUUGGUCCAUCAGAUUAAAGGAGUUGGUAGCAUGUCCUGUGAGUCAGUGUAAGCUGCAAACACUGCUGACCUCCGACACAGCUCAGUCAUAUGUGACGAGUCUACUGGAAGAGACCAAGACCCACUCAAAGGUCAUCAACAGCAGCAAUACUCAUCUUGUUGUCCUGAGUAAGGAAGAAGGUGCAGGACUCGGCUUUAGUAUUGCCGGUGGUGUCGAUGUUGAGCAGGGAAAAAUAACUGUUCACCAUGUCUUCACCAAGGGAGCAGCUAGCCUUGAAGGAACAAUUCAAAGUGGUGACACCAUUUUAUCCAUAAAUGGAACACGUCUGCAGGGUAAAUCCCACGUGGAGGUGCUGUCCUGCCUCAAUCACGCCAGGUUUUCCAAGCAAGCUUUAGUUGUCAUCUGGAGGACUGAGAACGGUGAUCUGAAUAUCUCUGAGGAAGACUAUCCCCUCCAAACCAAAAAUCUGUGUUCUACAGGACAGGUGUUUAUGGAGGCUGAAGCUGAUAUUGUUUAGGAAUAAAUCUGAUGUGUUGUAUGACCAUGCUUCCCCCUGCCUCUGGACUUUUCUCAGUUCCUUACUGAGCCUAUUUGAAGUGGUCUAAUCCAGUGUGAAGGAUGUGGAGGUAUAAAACACCCCCGGUGACCAGUCUGCAGGCGAUGAAAAUGCAGUGCCUCUUAUAUUCCCACUUAAAAACAGCCUACUGUUAAAAGAAACACUCCACUCUUUUGUUGGCAGUCCAUUAGCGAUGAUGCUAUAGACUGUCGCUGUUGCAUUCCCAGUCGUUGUGCUGCCUAUCACCACCUACAAUAAAACAGGCAUGCAGUGGUUGGCAGGAGCAUCUUCUAAAUUAUUACCUGACUUUUUAUCUGUUGUGAAUUUUGAAGCUGAUGAGGUUUUAGACAUAGAAGUCUAACUUCUUUUUCUCUUUGUGCAGAGUAGGUUUAACCCUCAAAUAUGAACUUUUUACGUCUUUUAAGGUUGGUCACUUACAAAGGUACAAUACAUUAUUUAUACUGAACUGAGGAAGUGCCAGUGCUUUUGGUAAUGUGGAAUCAACAACUGCUUUUGUAGAAUUUGGCAAGAGCUUAUAAAAUCAUCUGUUUAGAAUUAGUGUAAACCUAACAGUCAGCACUUCCAUAAUAAUGAUGAUAAAUCUUUCUAUCAUGGUCCUAUUACCUAAAGAGUUAGCGCACUUCAAACAAUGGAGUUUGAACAGAAUACUGUUCGUGUCAAAUUAUUUUAAGAAUGUGACUGAAAUAAAACAGUAAUGAUCAACAGAAAUGAUCAUAUAUUUAUUAUCUUUUUAAGGAGCCUACAUGUUACAGGCCAUGGGCGGUUCUAGACAGGGGUCAACAGGGGCCAGUUCUCCUGUAGAACUGGUCUUGGUCUCUGUACUGAAGACAUAAUACCAAAUCAAUUUCUUAUGAUGACAUGAGCUGGUAAAGAAACCAUAAUUGAUUGGUCCCUUGGACCAUUUUUAUUAUUUACCUUUUCAGUUUUACUUCAGCAAUCAAUUAAAAAUGAAGGUGUUGCACUUUUAGCUUCAGCUGCAUUGAGAUAGGAUCAAAGUUUUCAUCUGCUACUUCAUGUGUCUGCAUCCUGCAGUUCCAAAGAGGCUCUUUGACUCUGUGGCUCUCUUCAGGUUAAAUCAUGAAAUAUUGCCCUGUUUCUUCUUUUAUUCUUUUGUUCUGUGCUCCCAUGAAAAAAACUCUUGCCCACCCUGACCCCUCUGGUAAAUUUGAUCUGGAACCCGACUCUUACUGCAGCAUUUUAGGACUGUUUUAGCUGACAAAAGAGAAAAUUGUGGAUUUAAAGUAAGAUAUAAGAAUAAGUAGUUCAAUGAUUUGGAUCCAUUUCAGCCUGAUAAAUGUGUCUUGAAUGGGUGAAAGCUUUGUGCUUAUUGCAUGGUAUUUCCACUGUUACCAAGCUGCAGCAACACAAACAGAGUCACAGGUCUGACUCUUGGACAUAAUCUCUUUUAAUGGUUCUAUCAAACAUCGAGACCAUCAUGCAUGUCGGUUUGUGCAUGGAGCUUUCAUGAUUAAGAGAAUAUAAUUUCUAAUAAAUUCCUCAAACAUUCCCCUUGAAUCACAGGAUCCUUCUCCACUUUUCUUUAGCUUGUAAUGGGUUUUGUCCCAGUGAAAAAAAAUUAUUAUUAUUAUUUUUAUGGUUGUGUUGUUUUUCAUCUUGCAUUUGUGAAAGCAUUACCAAUUCCUUGACAUGUUUUUGCUAUUUUCUGUUAAAUUAAAAUGAUUCAAAGAUAA